CUCCUCUCCAGGUUCAUAAAGAUACUUUAUCCUUUGAGAAACCACUUCCUGAUGACUCCACGGGCGGCUCAUAUCAUCUCAAAGACCACCUGGGUUCUCCUCCUGGUUCCAAUAACAGUGUAUGUCAUCCAGAUGCUGAUUACCCACAAACGUUUGGAUUCAGCCCCUAACUCCUGUAAUGUUCUGUCCAGUGAACAAAUCAACACUUUCUACAUUUUUAUUCACAUCACUGCCUGCAUCAUUUUCCUGUCAGUGCUCCUCUCCAUGGUCUUCUUCUCCUACAGCGCCUCUCGUAGGGUGUUGGAGGCCCAGCAGAGACAACCGGCUGCCUCCAGCUCCAGGAAGCUUGUGAGGUCUCGCAGGAACAUCAUGGUGUUGGUCAGUGUCUUUUGUAUUUGCUUCAUCCCCUACCACCUGGUUCAAGUUCCAUAUAUUUUUCUGCGGGAGCGUCACGUUGUGGUGCUGAUCUACCUGAAGGAGAUGUCCGUCUUCAUGUCAGUAAUUAAUAUCUGCCUGGACCCUCUUAUUUACGUCUUUCUCUGCAAGAAUAUCCGAGCCCAAUUGAAUUUGAAGCAAAUGUUCUCCACAAACGGCAAAAGAGACACUUCUACCUCAGAACGAAGACCAAGUGAAUCAGCAGUGCAGCAACAACACCAGCUAACAGCUGCCAGCAUGCAGGAAGUGAAAGUUGCAGCUUAA